GCUCCGCACCGUGAACCCGCCGCCGCGCCGGGGCCAUGGACCUGCCCGCGGGCCUCCUGGUGGCCUGGGCGCUCAGCCUGUGGCCAGGGUUCACGGACACCUUCAACAUGGACACCAGGAAGCCACGAGUCAUCCCUGGCUCCAAGGAUGCCUUCUUCGGCUACACGGUCCAGCAGCAUGACAUCAGCGGCAAGAAGUGGCUCGUCGUGGGCGCUCCGUUGGAAACCAAUGGCCACCAGAAGACUGGAGACGUGUACAAGUGUCCAGUGACCCAUGGGAACUGCACAAAGCUCAACCUGGGAAGGGUCACCCUCUCCAACGUGUCUGAGCGGAAGGACAACAUGCGCCUGGGCCUGAGCCUGUCCACCAACCCCAAGGACAACAGCUUCUUGGCCUGCAGCCCCCUCUGGUCUCACGAGUGUGGGAGCUCCUACUACUCCACAGGGAUGUGCUCGCGAGUCAACUCCAACUUCAGAUUCUCCAAGACUGUGGCCCCAGCUCUCCAAAGGUGCCAGACCUACAUGGACAUCGUCAUUGUCCUGGAUGGCUCCAACAGCAUCUACCCCUGGGUGGAGGUUCAACACUUCCUCAUCAACAUCCUGAAGAAGUUUUACAUCGGCCCUGGGCAGAUCCAGGUUGGAGUUGUUCAGUAUGGAGAAGACGCGGUACAUGAGUUUCACCUCAAUGACUACAGGUCUGUAAGAGACGUGGUGGAAGCCGCCAGCCACAUUGAGCAGAGAGGAGGAACAGAGACCCGGACGGCAUUUGGCAUAGAAUUUGCUCGCUCAGAAGCUUUCCAGAAGGGUGGAAGGAAAGGGGCCAAGAAGGUAAUGAUUGUCAUCACGGAUGGGGAAUCUCACGACAGCCCAGACCUGGAGAAGGUGAUCCAGGAAAGCGAGAAGGACAACGUGACCAGAUACGCUGUGGCUGUCCUGGGCUACUACAACCGCAGGGGGAUCAAUCCAGAAACUUUUCUAAAUGAAAUCAAAUACAUCGCCAGCGACCCGGAUGACAAGCACUUCUUCAACGUGACCGACGAGGCCGCCCUAAAGGACAUCGUCGAUGCCCUGGGGGACAGGAUCUUCAGCUUGGAAGGCACCAAUAAGAAUGAAACCUCCUUUGGGCUGGAGAUGUCACAGACGGGCUUCUCGUCUCACGUGGUGGAGGACGGGAUUCUGCUGGGAGCCGUUGGUGCCUAUGACUGGAACGGAGCUGUGCUGAAGGAGACCAGUGGCGGGAAGGUCAUUCCUCUCCGAGAGUCCUACCUGCAGGAGUUCCCCGAGGAGCUCAAGAACCACGGCGCAUACCUGGGGUACACAGUCACAUCAGUCGUGUCCUCCAGGCAGGGCCGGGUAUACGUGGCUGGAGCCCCCCGGUUCAACCACACAGGCAAAGCCAUCCUGUUCACCAUGCACAACAACCGGAGUCUCACCAUCCACCAGGCCCUGCGGGGUGAGCAGAUAGGCUCUUAUUACGGGAGUGAGAUCACCUCUGUGGACAUCGAUGACGACGGUGUGACCGAUGUCCUGCUGGUGGGCGCACCCAUGUUCUUCAGCGAGGGCCGAGAGCGAGGCAGGGUGUACGUCUACAACCUGAGACAGACCCAGUUUGUUUUUAACGGGACACUGAAGGAUUCCCAGAGUUACCAGAACGCCCGAUUUGGGUCCUCCAUCGUCUCAGUGCGCGACCUCAAUCAGGAUUCCUACAACGACGUGGUGGUGGGGGCCCCUCUGGAGGACAACCACCAAGGGGCCGUCUACAUCUUCCACGGCUUCCAAGGCAGCCUCCAGAAGACGCCAAAGCAGAGAAUCGCCGCCUCAGAGCUGGCUCCUGGCCUCCAGUAUUUUGGCUGCAGCCUCCACGGGCAACUGGACCUCAACGAGGAUGGGCUUGUGGACCUGGCAGUGGGCGCCCUUGGCAACGCUGUGAUUUUGUGGUCUCGCCCGGUGGUUCAGAUCAAUGCCAGCCUCUACUUUGAGCCGUCCAAGAUCAACAUCUUCCACAGGGACUGCAAACGCAGUGGCAGAGACGCCACCUGCCUGGCUGCCUUCCUCUGCUUCACACCCAUCUUCCUGGCUCCCUAUUUCCAAACAGCGACAGUCGGUAUCAGGUACAAUGCCACCAUGGAUGAGAGGCGGUACACGCCACGAGCCCACCUGGAUGAGGGUGGGGACCGAUACACAAACAGAGCUGUCCUGCUCUCCUCCGGCCAGGAACACUGUGACCGGAUCAGCUUCCAUGUCCUGGACACCGCUGACUACGUGAAGCCAGUGACCUUCUCGGUGGAAUAUUCCUUGGAGGACCCCGACCAGGGCCCCAUGCUUGACAACGACUGGCCCACUACCCUCAGAGUCUCGGUUCCCUUCUGGAAUGGCUGCAAUGAGGAUGAGCACUGUGUCCCCGACCUCCUGCUGGAUGCCCACAGUGACCUGCCCACAGCCAUGGAGUACUGCCAGAGGGUGCUGAGGAAGCCUGCUCAGGACUGCUCCACAUACACGCUGUCCUUUGACACCACAGUUUUCAUCAUAGAGAGCACGCGCCGGCGGGUGGCAGUGGAGGCCAUGCUGGAAAACAGGGGCGAGAACGCCUAUAGCACGGUGCUAAAUAUUUCACAGUCAGCAAACCUGCAGUUUGCCAGCUUGAUUCAGAGGGAGGACUCUGAUGGCAGCAUCGAGUGCGUGAACGAGGAGAGGAGACUCCACAAGAAAGUCUGCAAUGUCAGCUACCCCUUCUUCCGGGCCAAGGCCAAGGUGGCUUUCCGUCUAGAUUUCGAGUUCAGCAAAUCUGUCUUCCUGCACCACCUGGAGAUCCAGCUCACGGCGGGCAGCGACAGUGAUGAAGAGGAGAGCACCAGGGAAGACAACACAGCCCUCCUGCGCUUCCACCUCAAAUAUGAGGCCGACAUCCUCUUUACCAGGAGCAGCAGUCUGAGCCACUACGAGGUCAAGCCCAAUAGCUCACUGGAGAGUUAUGAUGGCAUUGGGCCUCCCUUCAACUGCAUCUUCAAGGUUCAAAACUUGGGCUUGUUCCCUGUCCACGGGGUGAUGAUGAAGAUCACCGUACCCAUCGCCACCAGGGGCGGCAACCGCCUGCUGAUGCUGAGGGACUUCCUCGCCGACCAGGUGAACACAUCCUGUAACAUCUGGGGAAACAGCACCGAGUACCGGCAUUCCCCGAUGGAGGAAGACUUGAGUCGUGCCCCACAGCUGAAUCACAGCAACUCCGACGUAGUAUCCAUCAACUGCAACGUGAGGCUGGGCCCCAACCAGGAAAUCAACUUCCAUCUGCUGGGGAACCUGUGGUUGCGGUCCCUAAAAGCACUCAAGUACAAGCUGAUGAAAAUCACGGUCAACGCAGCCUUGCAGAGGCAGUUCCACAGUCCUUUCAUCUUCCGAGAGGAGGAUCCCAGCCGCCAGGUGAGCCCCUGGGAACCCUGCAGACCUGGGCUUGAGCCAGGCCAGCUUGGGAAGGGGUCACCUCUUCCCCUACAGUUUUCCUACACCCUCUGCCAUGUGUUCCUGCAGGAGAGAGAUGGACAGAACCGCCAGCAGUUAGUGCAGCAUCAGAGGAGAGAAAAAAAGCAAAGCAAACAGCCCCUUGGGGGCAAAAGUGGACAGGGGGCCAGAAAUAGGCAUUUGCCCAGUGCCUCAGGGGCCCCAGGCUCUGCACUUCAACAGCAGCAUGGGGCAGAGGAAGGAGGGGAACCUGCGUAUUUUACUAUUUUACAUUAAAGGAAACUGAAACUGGAGCCCAGGGCAGCCUGCCUCAGGGCAGCUCAUUGGCUCCAGCAGCAGGGAGGCUGUGUCUUGGGCAGGCUGGCAGCUAUAAUGGCCAUCCCACCCCCGGCCUCCCCAUCCAUUCGCCCCUCAGCUCUAAUGAAGUGCAUGUGCCCUGUGCUUUAGAAGUCUGGUGUGAACUGAAUUGGUGAAGGCCAAGGGAUGUCCUGGUAUUGAGACUUUUCAUAUUGGGUAAAACCAGAUCAAACUGGCUUAAAUUGGGCUGGAAAGGGAUGAGGCUCCGUGCAGUGUUCUGGAAAAAUGAAAAGUUGGGUCUUAAAGUCAAGUCCAUUUCUCUGCAAUGAGGCAUCUCAGACGUGGGGCACUGCUGCCCUCCACUGGCCAUGUCCCCAAAUUGCCAGCCUGGGCUCCAGGUGAAUGUUUAAUACUAGAUGCUGGGUAAGCCCCCCAGUCCCACCCCAGACGCUACAGAGCAAAACAGGCAUGGGCUGGAAGCCAGCCCUUAAGAAAGCCCACAAAUACCCAUCACAAACAGGGUGGGGUGUGCCAGGCGAAGGGCUAGCAGGUGCAAAAGCCCAGAGGCAGCACUCAGGGAGCCCUCCCAAGGAGCGGUUUUAUUUGUUCAUUUGUUCAUUAAGCAUUUGUGGGUGCCCCCCUAUGACUCAGGCUCCCUAGGGGAUACAGAGAAACAAGGACAACAAAGCGUGGGUUGGAUCUAGGGGUGAGCGCAGGUGCUGGGGAUUGGAGGUGGUCAGACCAGGGAAAGCUUUCUGGAGACAGCCCACUUGAACUGAAUCUUGAGAAAUGUGUUAGAAUUUCCCAGGUGACCAAGAGAGAAGAGGCAUGGUACAGGCGCGCAUGCGCAUGCACGCACACACACAAACUGCCGCUCUCUCCACACUAGUUCAUGUCUCUCAAAUGAAUUCCUUC